AUGCGAAUGCAGUACGUCGAAGGUGAAGAUAUUGGGACCUAUGUUAGCCAGAUGGAAGAUCAUUUCGAGAAACUCGCGAUCGCUGGUCAAGAGCUUGGUAAGGAUCUGAAGGUGAACAUUGUGCUCAGUAGUCUACCGGAUUCGUUCGCUACUCUGAUCACUGCUUUGGAGGGUCAUCCAGAUGCUGAUUUAACGAUGGAAUUCGUGCGUGGUAAGCUAGUAGAUGAAGCUACUCGACGAAGAAGCUCAAGUGGAGCAGAAUCAGCAUUGAAAACGGAGUUUAAGAGAAAACCAAUAUUAUGCCAUUUCUGUCAGAAACCUGGACACAAGCGCAAAGAUUGUCGUCAGUGGAUGGAACAGCAAAAAGCGGUGGAAGUAAAUGAAAAAUUUGUCCAGAAAUCGAGAAAUCUGCAAAAAGCAAAAGUAGCGGAGAAAGGUAGCAAAGAGUUUGCAUUUUUAUCUAGACCUGGAGAUAGCAAAUACAGAAAGCCACAAUGGAUAAUUGAUUCUGGUGCAUCCUGCCACAUGUGUAACGAAGAAUCCAAGUUUCUAGAUAUUGAUUCAAGUGUUGUCGUAGAAGUGACUUUAGCUGAUGGAAAGCAAAUCAAAUCGAAAGGUAUUGGGACAUGCUUGAUGGAAUCGAUGGAUGAAAAGGAAACACAAACUCACUCAAGUUAA